AUGAACGCUGUCAGAACUGGCGUGCCGGGAGAUAAAAACACCGCUGCAUUUACAUCAAAAAUAAAAUUUGUAGAUUAUGCACGGUGUCGGGCGCGUCGGUGCGUUGCCGCACACCGGGGCUAUUUUCAACUGGAGUUGAGCCCCGCACCGCACCGGCUUUCGCUGACCGCCGAGCUGCUAACUAAGCUUUUCCGCGCCCCACCGUCGCCCGCCCAGAACCCUCACCGGCCGCUGCCGCUAUGCUCGCGCACCAAGCACCGCUCGCCCUCUACUAAAAUCAACCGUCAACAUCGAUACGAACGCGUGUGA